AUGUCCGCUCAUAUUGAUGAUAUGUUAAACGACAAAAAUAAAUUAGUAAUUCCAGGAUUAACAAUUGAAGAAGCCUUUGGAAACAUCAAAGGAGUUAACGUUAGAGUUAUCGUAGAAGCAAUUUUUUCAAGAGAGCCCACCGGACUAGUACAUAUUUUUGUUGAUAAUUCUAACAUCGAAAUCGAGGGAAAGAAAUUAAUUAGCGCCCUUGAAAGUGUUUAUGAGAAUCAACUAUAUAUAGAUUAUGGUCGGCUUCUGAAAAUGCUUCUGAACGGACGACAAAUAGGUGAUGACCCAGUUAUUGUUGGCUCGCGUCCACUGCCGAACGAUUCGAUAUGGAGAAAAAUCGAAGAUUUUGGAUAUCGAGUUUCAGUCUUUGAUAAGAACUAUGCAUUUCAAGAGAAAGAAGUAGAUAAUGAGCUAGGGUUAUCUAUUAGUGACGCAAUUCAAGAAUAUAAAAGACCCGGCAUAAUUGUGCUUGUUGCUGGAGAUGGAGAUUAUCGACCUGCAUUAACAAGAGCUCUGUUGAGAGACUGGAUCGUAGAGAUUUGGUUCUGGGAUCAUGGUAAGCGCUAAACUCCCUAAAAUAUACAACUAUAGAUUAUUAAAAUUUAUGUGCUUAAAAUAAUCUACCCUUUAGCAAUGUCUCAACGUCUUAAAUGGACAAAUGUGCUUUAUCGCUCUGAUUUACAAACAAGAG